AUGUCCAAGUCCAAGUCCAAGUCUGGCGCCGCCGCCAAAGCCACCAAGUCCGAUGUCUUGACCAAGGUCAAAGGGGCUGCGGUCACCAAGCCUGCGCAAAGCCAGAAGACCAAGAGCAAGGAGGUGGCCAAGAAGGUCGCUGCAAAGGAGGAGAAGAAGCCGAAGAAGGUUCCUGUCAAGGAGCCAACUCCGGAGUCUAGCUCUGAGGAGGAGGAUGACGACACCAGCUCAACAUCCGAUGAGAGCGAAAAGGUCGAGACCAAGGGAAAGAGGGCUGUCAAGCCCGCUGCCAAGGCUGAGUCCAGCGACGAGUCCAGCGAGGAGUCUGACUCGGAUGACUCUGCUUCUGAAGAUGAGGCUCCGAAGGUGAACGGCGCUGCUAAGAAGGCCACCGCACCUGCCAAGGCUGCCGCCAAAGAAUCCGACUCCAGCGACAGCGAAGAAUCCGAGUCUGACUCCGAAGACGCCACCAUGGAAGACGCCAAGGCAGCUUCCUCUGAGGACGACGACAGCUCCGAGGAGUCUGACAGCGACGACGAAGAAGAGACCGCUCCCAAGGCCAAUGGCGUUAAGCCCGCCGCUGAUGAUGAGGCAAGCAGCGAUGACGAUGACGAGUCUGAUGAAGACGAAAGCAGCGAAGACAGCAGCGACUCCGAUGAGGAUGAUGAGGCCGAAGCCAAACCGAAAUCUGCCAAACGCAAGGCCGAAGACGACGAAACCCCAGCUGCCAAGAAGAGCAAGGUCGCCGACGUUGACACAUCCAAGGGCCCGAACCUGUUCGUUGGUAACCUGUCCUGGAACGUUGACGAGAACUGGCUGCGAUCCGAGUUCGAGGAGUUCGGUGAGCUCAGCGGUGUUCGCUUGAUGACUGAUCGUCAAACUGGACGAUCCAAAGGAUUCGGUUAUGUCGAGUUCGUUGACGCCGCCGAUGCCGCCAAAGCCUAUGCCGCCAAGCAGGGCGCUGAGCUCGAUGGCCGUCCCUUGAAUGUUGACUUUGCCAACGCUCGCAGCAAUGACAACAAGCCGGCCGACAACCGUCGCAAGUCCUAUGGAGACCAACUCGGCGAGCCGACCGACACAUUGUUCCUUGGCAACCUCUCCUUUGACUGCACUCAGGAGGAUGUUUCCGAGGCAUUCGCUCCUCAUGGAACGGUCAUGGGCAUCCGCCUGCCUACUGACCGUGAGACUGGUGCCCCCAAGGGUUUCGGUUAUGUCACCUUUGGCUCUGUCGACGAGGCCAAAGCUGCUCUUGAGGCCAUGCAGGGUGGUUACAUCAAGAACCGUCCCAUCCGUCUCGACUACAGCCAACCCCGUCCCCAGAACGGCGACUCUCCCGCACGUGGAGGAUUUGGCGGUCGUGGUGGCCGUGGUGGAUUCGGUGGUCGCGGUGGCCGCGGUGGGUUCGGUGAUCGUGGCGGACGAGGUGGUCGCGGAGGCGGCCGUGGUGGCCGUGGUGGCUCUACCAACCGCGGUGGAUUUGGUGAUUUCUCGGGAAAGAAGACCACCUUUUAG